UACUUUUCAUUCCGAAACGAGUCAGGGCAGGGAGUGGGUUUGCAAGAUGGCGGCGCGGUGGGGAGCAGGCGAGGAGACUUUAACAGCGUGCAAUAUGGAAUUUUUCCCCAUGGAAACACUAGACCAGACUGCUGGGCUGAGUUCGGGAGAAACUCUGGAGAUUCUUCAAAGCUGCUUAGACCCCUCCAUCCUGUCCAUAUUUGAGGACACACCAACAGUGGAGACUAAAGGAUUAGAUGAGGAGAAUGAGGCCACGCUGCUGACAGCCCUGACAGAGAUACUCGACAAUGUAGAUGAUGAGAACUUGUCACCCUUUGACACACUGCCUGACUCUGACUUGCUGUCCAACCAGAAGGGCAGGGAACACUCUCCGCUCAGGAGAAUGCUGUGUCUGUCUCGUUCCCCACAAGACAAGGACUCAAUAUGUAGCACAAGACCAUUAUCAACUGGAAAGAGCCUAUCCAGGAUGCAAGCACAUUCUCUCCAGAGGAGUGAUGGGGAGGAAGAGGAGGAUUGCUCUCUGACUUUGAGCCCAGAUAGGCAGAGUUCAUUUCCUGAGCAUGAUCACCUAGAUUGGGAAGGUCUGUCUCUCCCACUUCCUGUCACCUUAGAGCAGGAAGGGGAAGAUGGUCUCUCAGUAAGCCUUGGAGACUUUGUCAGGCAUAUGCACCCAUACUGUAUGGCCAUAUGUGUGGAAAAUGAACACGGGGAGCAGAUGUUGCCUGAAGGAGGCAUAUUACUUGAAGUUGUGGACCAGGGUGAAAAUGGAGAACCCAUCUUGGCCAUCCCUAACAUGGAUUUCCCCAUUUCUGUGCCAUUUAAAGACUUGCCACCAGAAAUUGAGCAGAAGGAUUCAGAUGAAGUAGAAGAAGUUGCCACUGACAGUUCAGAGCAUAUAAUUGUAGAUGAUAACGAAGAUGUAGUGGACAAGACUCCAGUGAAAACUGCUUCCCCUGUGACACCAGGCCUCUGUUUAGAUGUGAAAGAUGAAAUUGUCCUGAAGCGACAGAGAGAAGAAAUUAAAACAAAAAGCCGCUCACGGAGAAAAAAGAAAAAGAAAUGCAAAGAGCAGCUCAAACCAGCAGAGGGAAGGGUCCUCAGGAGUGGCUCCGUAAGGAAAGUGGCAGAAGAAUUGCCAAGAAAACUUGAAAAAGAGUCAUUCAGAGAAGAGAAGAGAGUUACAAAGGUUUGUCUUCCUUUAGAGCCAUCCUCAUCACUUCUGAAGUCUAAGCAAACAAAACCAUGCCAAACAGAAAACAAAACACAACAGGAUGAAUUGAAUGGGAAAAUCUCCACUCUAUCACCUACACAUGACACAGUUCUGUUAAGUGGCGUCCCUGCUGAUGGUCAGCCCAUCUGUUCAGCCACUGCGGCGAGCUCCCAGCAGACCUGUGAAACAGCAAAUCGGCUGGUCACGGCCCACGUUGAGGUUGAAGGCUCAUCAGCAUCUCCAUCCAUUCACAUAUCCCCAGUUUCCUCACCGAGCUCUGCAGCUGUUGCCAGCUCUGAAUCUCCUGAGAUCCCAUCCCCUGUUAGCGUGGUCUCUGCAGUCCCAGAAUCCAAACCCAAAUCGCUCAGUCUGGAGGAGUACAGACGGCUUCGACAGCAGAAAAAACCAGCUCCAGUGGAGAAGCAAGACGACAACAGCACCAAAUGGCCCAGCCUCCCAGAGCUUCCCAAAGAGCUCCCCCCUAUUCCCUGCUUGCCUGAUCCCAAUCCAAAGGACCCUAGACGUGCUAACCCCCAGGCAGCAAAAAAGGAAGUUGAGGACGUCAGACCUGCCUGGCAGCCAAGGGGACCAGGUGCACCACCCACCCCUGAAGCACUGUUGGUGCCUCCAGCCUUCAUGAUCUCCUCAUCCAGCAAGGUUGCUGCUGCUACUGCCUGUGUUCCUAAACCACAGCAAACACCUGACCCUUCCCGGCUACCUCCAAAGCCCCUCACUCCUUCUACUAAUCUCUGUAAUAAUUUAGACACACACCCACACACUACUGCUCAGUCUGCAGUACCUUCUCUGAAACCCACUACCCCACACAUGUCCUCUGUAAAUGGGAACUCUUCUCCUGCUCUUACAGGAGCAAGGGCUGGUGUUGGUGAACUCCCCCAAUCGCAAUCUGUAUUUCCAGAUUCUGUACAGCUCACUAAAAUCUGCCCCAUAACCACUACAGAUGUGAUCAGUUCUACCACUGCCCCCCACAAAACCACUGUUGUUCCCCAGGAGGUUCCCGAGGUAACUGCUUCUACCUCAUUAAAUAACCCCAGCACAAAUGACAGCAAGUCUUCCAAACCCACCAUCAUCGGUGACCAGUCAUGCUCUUAUGUUGCUGCUUUUCCUUCGGACUUCCAUAGUCCAGCAACUCAACCUGAUGUGCUUGAAACUAAAGAGAAACCCACUACAGCCAUGAAACCCCAAAGAGUAAAGAGCACCACUCAGGAGUUGAUUGAGGCAUUCACAAGUGAAAUAGGAAUUGAAGCUUCUGAUCUGACCAGCUUACUGGAGCAGUUUGAGGAGACUCAAGCUAAAGAGGAGCAAUGUGUGCCGGAGGUCUCUGGUAGAGCAGCAGCUGUAGGAAACUCAAGUGUUGAAUUGGUCCCAGAGAAAACUGUUGUGGAGCGUAUAAGAGCUAAUGACCUCUCAAGCACUGCAGCUCUGACUCCUCCAGCCACUCCUCCCCACCAGAUGUGGAAACCUCUGGCCCCUGUGACUUUACUGAGGAGGAACAAAGCUCCUGAGGCCUCAAAGUCAAGCCCAUCUAAGGUUAUCCAGAUAGAAGCCCCGCCUCUGCCCUCAGUCAGGUCCCGAAGAAAAUCCACUGUUGCUACCACCACUGUAGCCCCUAAUCUGGCAUGCAUGGAUCAUGACUAUUGCCUUCCCAACAAAGGCGCUUCCACUGGAGAGGCAGGCAAGCGCUGGAAUGUUAAACAGCAAUCUUCCAUCACUAUUAAACCCAUCAAGCAAAAUGCUCCAACAACUACACAAACACCCCCAGCCGCCUUGGCAUCCUCCUUCCAGUCUGCUACGAAUCAUGUGACUGCAACCAAAACAGAAGGUUGUCUUCAGGCCAAGUGCCUAGGGAAGAAGAUAAACGAUGGGCCGAAGGAAAGUUCUGUUCUGGACACUCCAGAUGCUUCUCCUUCUCGUCAGGAGUCUGAAUCUACUUUUAAAGUCAGAAGCCCCAGGGCAGGACCGUUACGGAGGUCCCAUCAUCGACAUGCUGCUUCUCAAUCACCGAAUCCCAGGUAUAGUCUCAAAGAAAGGACUGGUGGCCGGUCUAGAAAAAGAAGAUCCCACCGUUCUCCCAGCCCUGCAUCUAGUUGUUCAGACUCCUAUUCCUCUCGAUCACGCUCUCCAGAAAGAAAAAGGUAUCGAUCCCGCAACUCGAGCAACAGUUCUUGCUCAUCCCGCUCAUCCUCUAAGUCCUCCCCCUCUCUGUCCCGCUCACCUCCCAGGAAGAGGAGGCACUCAUAUUCUUCCUCUCGUUCUGGCUCCUGGAGUCGCUCCAGGUCGCGGUCUCAGUCCCCUCAAAGACCAGCACAGUGGGGAAGAAGCAGACAAAUGUACAGCCCUUCAUAUAGCCACAGUACAAAAAUAAAAAUGGAAGAGAUAAAGAGGCGCAAGGAAAAAGCCAUUGAGGAGCGCCGAGUGGUUUACGUUGGUCGAAUCCGGGGAACGAUGACUCAGAGAGAACUUCAUGAGCGUUUCUCAUUAUUUGGCGAGGUUGAGGAAUGUACCCUACACUUUAGAGACCAUGGGGAUAAUUACGGAUUUGUGACUUAUUAUGACACCAAGGAUGCUUUUACAGCCAUUGAAAAUGGGAGUAAGCUGCGCAAACCUGAUGAGCUGCCAUUUGAUCUCUGUUUUGGUGGAAGGAGACAGUUCUGCCAAACCAGCUAUUCUGACUUGGAUUCGAAUAGAGAGUACGAACCUUUGCCUACAAACGGCAAGUUUCAUGCACUAGACUUUGACACUUUACUGAAGCAGGCUCAGCAGAGUCUGAAGAGGUAACAGGAGGCCUGCCGCAGAAAGCAGCUGACACUUACCUCAGAGCCGAUGGCGGCUCCGCACCUGCAACACUGUCUUCACAGUUUAAUCGUUGCAUUCUUCUUUUUUUCUUUUUUUUUCCACCAAGAUAACACCUUCUAUUGAAGUGACAAUUUAUAGGGAAACUGGUAAAAGUAAAAAAAAAAAAAAUGGAAUAUGUGGAAAGAUUUUUUCUUCUUUUUUUUAUUUAAAUGUACAAUUGAAUUUAAAUUGUAUGGAGAUCAUUUUUAAAAGGGUAAAAAAUAAUAACAUUCCCUAAUUGCUGGGAAAGAAUGUAAUGCAUUUAAAUGUACUACAAACUAAAAUAAAGUGAAACAGAAAUUAUUUA